AUGAGCCCCGCGCCCAUCGCAGGUUACAGACAACCCCAACUACAGACGUCUAUGCUAAAACUCCAUUUACGAAGGGAGUCAACGCUUGUGGAGUCCUUGAUUCCACGAUCCCUUAAGGAGAAUGCACACCGUGUUCAUAUACCUCCGAUUAAGCUGUCCGAUGAGGGCAGUAUGGAGAGGGUGAAGCAGGUUCUCGCCACCAUGAAGGGCAAAUCAAAUCUCGGAUUUUACGACCCCAGCAACAUCAAGUUCGAUCUUUCAAAACCAAAUCAUCGUUUAUGGGAUGAGAUUUACUCUCUGGCUCAAGAAAGAAUUAAGAUUCGACAGCUGCAACCUCUGGAACGUUGGGUGCAAUCUCAAGGGGGAAAAGAAGUUGUGAAGACUCGAGAAGAUGCCAUCGGGGAAGCUUUUGAUCUUGCCAAAGUUACCCCGGAUAAACUUGACCAGCCGUUGGCAGUUGGUGACGUGGUUACCCUAUCAGAGGAUCUGUCAAAUUUAUUUUUGGUGGUUGCUACGCCAAAAUCACUCGAUUCAAGCACCUAUAUAUUUGUUGAUAAAAAGGGGGAGAUUAGAUUCGGCGGUCAUGUGAAAAUUCGAUGUCCAGGUGUUAUUCACGAGCCACAACUUCAAGAAUUUCUUGGUCUGUUGGUGCAAUUGGAGCAGAAGCUGAUGGAUAUCGCCCCGGUGGGGAUUGCCGAUGACAACUUCUCCAAACUGCGACAGCUGCUUCCUGUUGAGCUUCGAUCUCAACUUCCACAGAACCAUAAGCUGGAGAUUGGGCUGUUUGAUCUGACUGAUUUUGUAGUUGCACAAGCAGCAUCCCAAUUACUUACCAAUACCGAUGUCAACACGUUUACGGUGCCCAUAGCUGCUCGAAAUGCUUACUCUGUACCGCUCACCCUGUUGGCUCUUGAUACCACAAUCCUUAUCACUGAAAUGAUGGCUAAGUUGGAAGUGGUUCAUCGGAUGCUUCAGUUUGACAAUUACGGUCAGGUGCUUAAUACCCCGAGAUCGGUACUGAUUUGGGAGUUGUUGUACAUAUCAUCGCAUCUUGAUCAUCUGAAGGCGCAAAAGUUAAUUCUGCAACGUGCUCAACUUCGUAACCCGAAUGCCUUGGGAGCAUUGAUCAAUCCGAAGCAGUUGCUGAAGGAAUGUUCUGCUGCCGAAUACCUUGCCAUGAUCAUGGCUUUAAAAAAUCAACCACGUUUGUGGUCGGUGCAUUCGCUGGGUAAAUUCUGUCCUAGCUCGGUGCUGGUGCUUCCUAUCCAAGAAGUUGCCUCAACCGAUGAAGUGGUGAACUAUUUGAAGAACAAGGGCCCUCAAGAGUUUGCCCAAUACUGCCAAUCAAUUAUGAAUGGCAAAAAGGCCCCUUGCCCUCCUUACUAUUUUGAAAUUAUUGAAUUGUUCAAGGAUUACAUUCUGGGCGCAAGUUUCGAGGACCCUGUACUCGAAACUCUGCUUGUGUCAAUUUUACGAACGAUAAAUAUUGGCACGUUUGACGAAACCGACGUUAGAAACUCAUAUGAAUAUUCAAAAACGCGUGCCUAUGAAUUGUUGAUGACUAUAGGUGAAUCUUCAUUGGUCAACCCGAUGGUUUGGAACCGCCAUUUAGCGCUUCCGGGACACGAUGCAACCAUUUUGAGUGGGUUUAAUGCCGAUUAUUACAAAACGAUUGACGCAAAUAUUGACACCCCUGAUUUUUAUCUGAAAGAUCCUUUAGCCCAAAUUCGCAAGCCAUUCGACGAACCAGUGUUUUGCAUUGACAGUUUUGAUGCUCAUGAAAUCGACGAUGGGAUUGCACUCUCGACGACAGCAGAUUCAUAUCGGGUGUCGGUACACAUUGCAAACCCGACAUCAUAUAUCAAACCCGACAGCGUUCUCAGCAAAAUUGCUCUCGAUAAAGGUACCACCACAUAUUUGCCUGAAGGCCCGCUGAUGAUGCUUCCAUCGAAAAUAUCUAAAAUUGCAGGGCUAGGGGACGGUCUGGCAAGAACAUUCGCCAUAGAGUGGGAAAUCGACCGCAAACUUGUGGAUGAUUAUUUGGAGAAUAAGAGGCGCAAUCCUCAAUACCUUCCUGACCGUGAGCUUCUUGAGCAGGUGUACACGCAAAUUGCGAAACUGGGAUCAGUUGGCGCUUACACCGCAAGCAACUUCCCUCAAGGCUACACUUAUGAUCGCGUGAAUGAAGUUCUCGAUACCAAACUCGACCCCCAUUACCUCCCACUUUACAAACUUCAUGGCAUUGCUGAAAUACUUAGCCACAUCAACGUGGUGUUAGGUCAAGGAAUAAAUUUCGGAUCGCUGAAUAAUGGUCGAAUUCAUGUUGAGAACGUGUCUUUGGGUUCUUCAAGCUGGUUCGAGACAACAAAUGAUCAUUAUCAGUUAUAUCACCUGGACCUGAACCAACUCAUCCUGGUGCCAAUUCCUAAAGAUACCGAUGCGAAGAGUUCCUCACAAACUCUCGUAUCUCAGUGCAUGGUAUUUGCCAACCAUUUGGCAUCAGUUUCAGCUCAAGGCAGUGGGGUGAAUCUUGUUUACCGAACCCAACAAAUGAACUUGUCUCCGGAAGUGCGGGCCGAGCUCGAUCAAAUGCUUUUGGAUAAGUACAAUUCCGAAGAGCCGUUCACAUUAGCAGAAAGACUUCAACUUCUGAGAAUUUUAACUGGGCUGCGAUACCUGGCCAAACCUAAACCCCACCAAUCACUCGGAUUGAAAAGCUAUGCUACCAUUACUUCGCCUUUACGGCGGUAUGUCGAUAUGAUCAACCAAUGGCAAUUUCAAAGCCACAUGUUGGGGUUAAAGAAUGAAGGUGAUCGUCUUGCGGCUACCGCCCAGCAUUUGCUGCAGAGAGAAAUUCUCAGCAAACAAGCUCAACGCCAAAGUGACACGUUCUGGCAAGGUUGGUUCAUCAAGGAGUAUUUGAAACUCAAACAAACAGGAAAGAUACCAGACCGAAAGGCCAUUGUGUGGCAAUUGGUCAUCAAAUCAAAUCCCAAGUUGUCUAACGCAAUACAAGUUGAGGUGCUUGGUUUCAACCUGCUCAGUGCUCGCCUUGAAAUUACUGAUGCUCAUCGCGACAGGCUCCACCGGUUGCAAGUUGGGGACGUGUUGACGGAUAAAGGUCAAUUAACGAUCUCCGUUAUUGACCCAAUCGAGGAUGAGUUGGUCUUUGCAUAUCGAUAA